UAUAACCCGUAUCACCACACCCAGGUCAACUGCCUUCUUCCCCAGAGCCCAAGCUAUGCUCUUGGCAUUCGUAGUCAUGUUGAUGGAGAGGGUCUGGUGCCGAGGGUCGGGAUAGGGAGAGGCAGAAUCUCUCCUGGACCUCCAUAACCAUCUGGACAUUUUAUCGUUUGAUUUCUACUUUUAGAUGCUCUCCAAGUGCUGGGUAUGAGUCAGCUGAAUUUUUUUUUUCUUUAACAGUAGCCACAAGGAGAAGAAGAAAACAUUUUGACGCCUAACCUCAUUGACAUCGACAUCUAACGCCUUUUAUCUCCUGCCCCCUGCCCUUACAUUUGUGGUGGAUCUUGACCUACAUUUCGUUUCCAAGUCAUAGACGGCUGACUGUGGCUCUGUCUUUUGUUUUUUUUUGCUCUACCUACCAGCACUGGGUUUCUUACCCAAAAGAGAGGUUCCUAAAGAUGUGUAAACGGAAUUUGGGAUAAGAUAGAUCAUAUUUUAAAGGUUCCCUGAAGGAAUCAUAGAAAGGAACGUUCUUGGAUGGUGAAUAAACUGGCCUCUAUUUCAGUGCUUCUCAGUCUUUGUAGAUCUCAACCCACAGUUAGAAAUACAUUUUACAUCACCCCCAGUACACACAUGCAUACAUCCAACUGACCCAAACUUUUCACAAAACAAUACUUGGCCUUACGACAUGAGAUACAGUCUGAAAUUUUACCCUAAUCUCUUCUGUAAAAAUGCUGGUUGCAACCCACUAAAACUGAUUUCAUGACUCAUUAAUAGGAUGCAGCUCACAGUGUGAAAACACUAUACCAAUUUAAAUAUUUUAUCAAUCCACAUGUUUCUGUUUUGCAUAUUGUGCCUAUAGUUUGACUGCCUACAUGUUACAUUCUAUAUGGUGGAGGAAAUCUAGUCCCUAUGAGAUGAGAGGCGGUAACUCUUCCAGACUCUGUGGGGAAAAAAAUAGGGAAUAUUCACCUCAGCUUUGUGCUUCCCCUGCCAGCAUGGGGGACUGAUAAACUCUAGGUUUCCUCCCACCUGGAAGUUAACCUUUGUUCUGAGAGAGAGUUUUUGAGGGAGGGAAACAGAAAUUUUUUUUCCAGCUCUUUCUUCCCAUACAAAUUUAAAGUUCUUUUAGUUUUUCAAUUUUCUCUUUGAUAAUCUCCUUUCUCUCACUGUCUCCUCAGAAAGAGUUAUUCAAGUCCACAAAACAGUUAAAUGACUCAACACCCAGAUCCGUAUCCUCUUUUAAAUUGUGUCCUCUCGACUAGCCACCCCCCACCCCAGCCAAACAAGGGACAGCAGGAAAAAUCGGGGAUGAAGGCUGCCCGAGAGAAGGCCACCUAAACCUGACACCUGGGGACAGAACUACAGUUCCCACCACGCAGCGAGGCAGGAGGAAGAAGGGGCACCGAGGGCCGAAAAGGAAAACAAGGAGAAAAGAGAACAUUACCUGCUAGCGGAGGUGAGAGAGAAAGACAGAGAAAAUGAAAGAAUAAAACUGGGAGGAAUGAAGAAGGCAGAAGCACAUCAAAUUUAAUCAUCAAAUGGAAUAAGAUUUCAUGUAUUUUUAUCAGACAUUUGAUGAGGAGAUCCAACACAAUAUCAUAUGAAGAACAGUUGGAGGGCCUAGGGAUGUUUGCCCCGAGGGGAUGUGCUUGCUGCUUCAAAUAUCUGACGGGCCGUCAUGUGGAAGAGGAAUCUGCCGAGUCCUGGCGUAGCACAAGGGUCAACUGAUGGAAACCCCAGGGAGAUCCAUUUCAACCCCAUGCAAGUUAGAGCUGCUCACGCAAAAUGGAUUUUUUUCAGGAGAUAGUGAGUUGCUCAUGAUCAAAGAUAUUGAAGCAUAGGUGGAUAUUUCAGCAGAGAUGCUGAAGGUGGGCAUAAAGUUUCAGGUGGCAAGAGCCAUGCAAUUCUCCGGCUCAGCCAGGGCAGCUGAUGAGAACUUCGACUAUUUGUUCAAGAUUAUCCUCAUUGGGGAUUCCAAUGUGGGGAAGACGUGUGUGGUGCAGCAUUUCAGAUCCGGCGUCUACACAGAGACACAGCAGAACACAAUCGGGGUGGACUUCACUGUGCGCUCCCUUGAAAUCGAUGGCAAGAAAGUGAAGAUGCAGGUGUGGGACACCGCAGGCCAGGAGCGCUUCCGGACCAUCACCCAAAGCUACUACCGCAGUGCCCACGCGGCCAUCAUCGCCUAUGACCUCACCCGGCGGUCCACCUUCGAGUCUGUUCCUCACUGGAUUCACGAGAUAGAAAAAUAUGGAGCGGCGAACUUGAUCAUUAUGCUGAUCGGGAACAAGUGUGACCUGUGGGAAAACCGGCAUGUUCUGUUCGAGGAUGCCUGCACACUGGCUGAGAAAUACGGCCUCCUUGCUGUUCUGGAGACAUCUGCCAAGGAGUCCAGGAACAUAGACGAAGUCUUCGUGCUGAUGGCCAGAGAGCUGAUAGCCCGCAACAGCCUGCAGUUGUAUGGGGAGACCGCCCUGAACAACCUCCCCCUGGAUUCCAGUCCAGUUCUUGUGGCCCAGGGUCCAACGGAAAAGACCCACUGCACAUGUUGAAUAUGUUCCUGAGGCCAGUUGCACCCACCAGAGGCCAUCUCUGAAACCAGAGGGGCCGGAUAUCCUAGCGUCUGCUGAGCAGCACCUCAGCCCAAAGUGUAGACUUGCCACUAGUCCUCAGUCCUUCCCGCCCAGAUGGGAAGCACUUCUGCCUCGAUUCACCACGGAGGAAGGAACCACUGACUCUGAGGACAGGGGACGCCACUGUCUUUCUGAAUUUUGCCUAGUGAAAGCAGGACAUAAGGCCUGGGUGUAGGAGGGCAAGCUUUGCUCUUUUUCAUCUUUCCGUUUUCUCCCCAACCCUUCCAUUGUUUCCUACUGAAUUUUGCUUCUCCCUCAGAGAAGAGAGUAGUGAAAGAAAGAAGAAAAGAGGACUAUCAAGAGAGGGGAGAGGAUGUUUGGGGCAUUCUGUAGCAGUUUAAAACAGCUCAGGCCUGGGAGGGUGGGAUAAAAGCCUGCAGUGAUAAACCAGAAUGCUGUUACCCUUGGCUUCCUGACAUGCGCCCCACAGGUCUUUAGUCUGGAGCAAAGCCUUUUGACGUGAAGACUGGGAAGCCCGUCUUGCCCGAUGGUCCAGAGCCACGUGGUGGAGAUAGAAUUGGUCUUCACUUUAUCCUGGCUGGGCUGGUUUCACCACCUCCUAGGAUGUGGGAGAUGCUUACAAUGUCUUUUUCUAAAACACCAAAUUAUCUGUUGGGUUGGAAGUCAUUUCUGAAUUGAAAUUAAAUCAGCUCAUAAAUUAAUAUCAAACUCAUAUUGACCUUGCUGUGUGGCUCUGGGUGUGCUGUGUACCCUCCAGAACCUGUGAGUAAUAAACCUUGUUUUUUCAUUCCCUGA